GGUCAGGUGCCUUGUGAAGGUCCACUACCUUCAGCUCCUCCACUAAGAAACUGACACAGCGAUCCAUGUGCUGUUUCCGCACCUAAAAGGAUGAAGCUCAGGCGUGGGACGAGAGGGGCAAGAGGGGCACUGCUGGCCCUUCUGCUGGGUUUACUGCUGACCGCCUGCACCACACAAGAGAGUGAGGAGAGUCUGGAGCUCCAGGAGGAGGACAACACAGUCAGCACUGAGAGCCCUGAGACUGUAUCCUCUGACAUAACCAUCGUGAGCCCCCACAGGACAUGGAAAGUCUUUAGGGACAACUCCAACAAGGGUGGAAAUAAGAAACCAAAAGGAAAUAAAAAACUCUCCAAGCAUGGCCUUCCAGGUCCACCAGGCCCUCCUGGUCCCCAGGGGCCUCCUGGUCCUCCAGGCCCCCUACUGCCUCAUCAUCCAGAGUUGGUACAGGACUUCCAAGUCAAACUGAAAGAGAUGGUAGGAACUCACUGCUUGCUCUGCGAUCAACCUCCUCGUGUGGCCACGGCUUUCCGUUGCCGACUCCACCACAACCUGCUGGUCCACCGUCGCAGUCUGCAGGAGCUCCAGCCCUUCAACACUCCCUCAAAUACAGAGCAGUUCCAUCAGAGAGGACAGGGCUUUAACGCCAGCAGUGGCCGCUAUACGGCUCCAGUGUCUGGAUUCUAUCAGCUCACAGCUAGUCUGCUACUCGAAUCCAACGAGUCUCAGAAGAAGCCUAAUGCCAGGCAGAGAGACAGUAUCAAGACCUCCAUAUGCAUAGAGUCUCUUUGUCAGAGUAAUGUGUCUCUCGAGACUGUGACUGGAGUGAGCGCCACAGGAGGAGUAUUCAGUAUUCUCCUGACCGGUACUCUUUACCUACAGGCUGGAGAGUAUGUAUCUAUUCUCAUUGACAAUGGGACAGGCUCAGCCCUCACAAUUCUUCAAGACAGUCUGUUUUCUGGCAUCCUUUUUGGAAUAUGAGGACACCAAUACAAAGCAGGUCUCACUGUGCUGACAAAAUACACAUCUUCAUUAGAUGAGUUAUUCAGGACAUAUUAUAAUAAUUACUUAAUGAGCAUCUAAAAGAGACUCUGUGUAUAAGGAUCUUUACCAUUGUUGCAAAUAGCAGCAGGGUUGCACUGCUGCAUUUCUUUCCAAAAUAAUAGCAACUCUAAACUGUU